CCCAACACACGCGUUCCGAGAAGUAGCAGCAAUGGCGACGGAAGCGCCAGAUCCACGGAGUUUCCAAACCUGGGAAGACGCGUUCCAGUAUCCAAUUCCGGUGGUUCGCAAGCUUGAACAGCAGCUCCGCAACAAUGCCGACGAGAAUCGUGAGAAACUGCGGUCGCUCGUGGGGGUAAGUUACCGUAGCCUCCUCGAUACUGCCGAAACGAUCAUCGAUAUGGAAGUACGAAUGGGCCAAGUGGAAACCAAGCUUUCAAAAGUAGGGCAGAGUUGCAACUCCAGGCGCUUAGAGAAGAUAUCAAACAAUGCGGGGAAAAUGGACAUUCACACACGGAGUCGUGAUGCGGAGCGGUACACGCUGGCGUCCCAACUCUCGGUCCUGCGCAAUGCACCUCUCGUUAUGACACGCCUCAUGAAAAGAGAGGGAUCAUAUCUGCUCAUUGCAAAAGUCCUGGUCAUUUCACGACUACUUCACAAGGCCCUCAGCCAGUCUGCGACGAAGCCCGCAAUUGUGGACCAGCUGUGGGAGAGGCUGCUGUCUGUACGGAGGAAGCUGUUGCGAAGAAUCGAUAAACGACUAUCAAGUGCAAGCGGUGAAACGGCAACUCUGGUGGAGAGUAUGUGCGCCUAUGCACUUGCUACAAGUUCGACGCCGACCGAUACCCUACACCAUUUUCACAAGAUGAGAUUGGAUAGGAUGAACAGCGAGAUCAAGGCCAGUGGUGAUGAGCUUGCCAAGCACGGUAUUGAUGCGCUCAAACUAUGCAUUCAGACGUGUCUCGACACCCAGACGAUAUUCCCGCGGAGGCUGGCAGAAGCAUUGGCAAAGCUAAAAGCGCAUCCCUUGAUCCAGGACCUUGAUGUUCGCGGCCUAUAUGAGUUGAAUCUAGACGUGCACGACCAGUGGCUUGGCGAUGAGGCGCGGAACUACACGCCCUGGCCACGGCAUGAUGAGUUGCAGCGACCAGAAGCAGAGCGGAUACUACACCGUUGGUCUAGGGAUGCCAUUGCGGCUUUCUUAAAAGGCGUCAAGAAGGCACUAGAGGGUGAAGAGAGAUUGCAAGAAGUUGCAGAUUUGCGGCAAGAAUUGAUUGAAACAUGGAUUCUGUCUGGAUCUCGAAUGGCGGGUGUCAAGUCUGCAAACGUACUCGACGACUUGCGCGACAUGAUGAAUGAAAAGCUUGAAAGCAUCGUCCGGUCAAGAACAGACGGUCUACAGACUGUCGUUGCGGAACUUACAGCUCAGCUGGACACAAUCGCUGCAUCUGAAGCAACCUCGGCGCUAAGUCUGUGGGAUACAAUUGACAAGGCCUCGGACCUCUCCAACGGCGCCCAAUCAUUCAAGUCCACAGUCCUGAACACAUACCAAGGCCGAGACGACCUAGUCAUCAGCGUCACAUCCGCCUUUGACAACUGGAUGGCCUCAGUCCUCGAAGUCAAAGGCAUAGUCAAGAGCAUGAAGGAAGCCCGCUGGGAUGACACCUUUGCCGAUGAUGCAGGCUCUGACUCCGACUCAGACCUAGGCGACUCGAAGCAAACCCUCCUCAGCGACGACGAUCCCAAGUUGCUAGAAGAAUGCACACAAGAAGCCUUACGUGAAGCCCUGCAGAAUCUAGGCAAAAGUCUCUCUGUCAUCACUAAAGCUUCUGACAAGACGAACGGGGCCGAUUCCAUCCAGAAAGCAACCUUCAUACUACGUGUCAUUAGAGAAAUAGGGGAUCGUAUACCGCGACUCAGGCUCCAAGAUAAAGCCACAUCCCCCACCUCCCCAUUUACCCCCGACAUUCUCGAACCCCUACACGCAACUUUAGCAUCGUACGUUGCGCAACCAACGCUGGAAGCGUACAAGAAUUCGCUAGCAAAGUCCCUGAAAAUCAAAUCGAACAGCCAUAUUUUGUGGGAGGGCCAGCCACCACUGCCUACCCAGCCGUCGCCCAGCGCAUUCCGCUUUCUAAGGGACUUGAAUGCCAAAAUGACAGGUGUGGGAAGUGAUCUUUGGGCCCCGGGGAGUGUGAAUGUGAUGAAAGGGAGAGUGGCGGGGAUGUUGGUUGGGGCUGUGGAGGGGCAGGCUGAUGCUAUUAUUGCGCUCGGGCAGGGGGGUGCUGAAGGUGAGAAGAAGGAAGAAGAAUCGAAGGAUGAGGGGGGUGAAGGAGAAGAAGGGGAGGAAAAGACGGAUGCGAAGGAGGAAGAGGCGGAGAUCAAGGGUUACAGACUUAAGCAGUUGCUGUUCGAUGUGUUGUAUGUACAGCGGUUUAUUGAGCCGUCGGCUGGAGAAGAAAGCAUCGCGGCGUUGAGGAAGAAGAUGGAUGAGGAUGUGGAUGAUGCUGCGGUGAACAGGCUGAAGAGAAGUGCGGUGGACUACGCUAAGAAGACUUAUUUGCUCUUUGCGCUGUUAGCCUAGAAAGUACAUCAAGGUAGAUCAAUAUGUAUACUAGUACAAUCCACAACGUCCGCCAG